AUGACCAAAGCAGACAAGAAGGUCGAGAAAAAGGCGGAGAAGAAGGUUGACAAGAAGCACGUCAAGGCGAAAGCCGCAAAGCCGGUAGCAAGUCCCACAAAACCUGUCUCAUCCAAGGAGAUUUUAGCCGCAGCAAAUGGCAAGGAGAAGAAGGCAGAGAAGGCAGCCAAGAAGGUAGCCAAGAAAGUAGAGAGUACCAGCAGCGAGGAGUCGUCCGAGUCUGAGGCCGAAAAGCCAACGUCCAAGCUAGCCGCAACCCCCAAAGCUAAGGCUGAGGAUGAAGCUUCCUCAAGCGAAGAGUCGUCGGAGAGCGAGUCUGAGGAGAAGAAGCUGAAGACACCAGUGUUUAAUGGACACGAAAAGGUGAAGAAGGCCAAAUCGUCAAGCGACUCCGAGUCUGAAUCCUCCUCCGAUUCUGAGCCGUCAAAAGCAGCUGCGAAGCCUGCAACCAAGGUCUCAACUGCGAAGGUACCCGCCGCAAAAGCUGCUGCUGCGAAGGCGGCUUCAUCAUCGUCAUCAGAGGAGAGCUCAUCCGAGGACGAGAAGCCGAAAGCCGCGCAGGUGAAGGCUGCGCCCAAAAAGGCGGCUUCUUCCGACUCUGAAUCGUCUGAAUCGGAAAGUAGUUCUGAGAACAAGGCGCCUGCCCCCAAGAAGGCUGCCGCGACUCACACCAAGGCCGCUCCUUCACCCGCGAAAGCUGCCUCGGCGAAGAAGGUUGCUCUCGCGCCGGCGAAGUCGUCUUCCGAUACCGAGGAGAGUUCGUCUUCUGAGGAUGAGGAAGAGAAGAAGCCCGCAGCUGCGGCAGCACUUGCAAAAAAAGCACCCGCGGGCGAGGAGUCAGAUGUGGACAUGGCUGAUGCCUCUGUCGCUCCGAAAGCUACUGCAGGGAAGCGCAAAGCGGAAGAACCCGCCGCCGCCCCCGCAAAAAAGGCCAAGCUGGCUACGGAAGAGUCGACGGGGUCAGAGCCGACCAAGACGAUCUUCGUCGGGAAAUUGUCGUGGAACGUCGACAACGACUGGCUCGCGCAAGAGUUUGCCGAGUGCGGUGAGGUUGUCUCCGCCCGUGUGCAGAUUGACCGUAACACGGGCAAGUCACGCGGAUUCGGCUUUGUCACGUUCUCGACGCCCGAGGCCGUCGAUGCCGCGCUUGAGAUGAACGGCAAGGAGAUCGACGGGCGCCCGGUCAACAUCGACAAGAGCGAGGAGCGCGACAAGACCGCCACGCGCCAGAAGCGCGCGGAGGCGUUCGGCGACAGCGCGAAUUCGCCAUCCUCUGUGCUCUUCGUCGGGAACCUCAGCUUCGACGCGUCCGAGGACCUCCUGUGGGAGACGUUCAACGAGUACGGCGACGUCAAGAGCGUGCGCAUGCCCACGGACCGCGAGUCUGGCCGGCCGAAGGGCUUCGGGUAUGUCGAGUUCAGCGACAUCGAGGUGGCCAAGAAGGCGUAUGAGGGCGCGGCGGGCAGCGAGAUUGCUGGCCGGUCAAUCAGGUUGGACUACUCGCAGCCUCGUGAUCCCAACGGCGGUGGCGAUCGUGGUGGUCGCGGCGGAUUCGGUGGUGGGCGUGGCGGAUUCGGUGGACGUGGACGUGGUGGAUUUGGCGGCGGUGGCUUUGGAGGCGGAGGCAGUUUCGAUGGUGGGCGAGGUGGUCGCGGUGGAGGACGUGGAUUCGGGGGGCGCGGAGGCGGAGGCCGUGGACGGGGUGGUGAUAGAGGCGGCGGACGAGGCGGUGGUCGCGGCUUUCCUCGAGGAGGUGCCCGUACCGGCGCUAUCGGAUCCUCCGGAGGCACGAAGACAACGUUCGACUAG